CAUGAUCACGUACUCUGUCAUCGACUACUAUCACUACCCGGUGCAAACCAAAGUCGGCAUAGAAUACCGUCGUUCUCUCCGCUUUCCAGCUGUGACCAUCUGCAACGUCAACCGAUACAAAAAAUCCAAAAUCAUCAAAAACCAAACGCUGAUGUCGCUGCUUCAUUACAUCUCUCCGCUACCCGCCUCUCUGAAAAACGACAUCAACAGGUCUGAUCCUCUCCUGCCAAUAGUGCUAAACACUACGAAGACCGACAGCCUGAUUUCCAUGGCCGGAUAUAGCGUAGACGACAUGUUCUGGAGCUGCUUCUGGAAGAACCAUGCCAUCAACUGCAGUGAGGCGUUUACUACAACUUUUACCAGCAUGGGGCGCUGUUUCACGUUUAAUUCUAAUGGCUCGCUCACCGCCGAGAGGACUGGAAGUUCUUCUGGACUGUGGUUGCGUAUGAAAUUGCAGCAUGAGGAGUAUACGCCGGGGUUUGCUUUGUCGGCUGGUGUUAAGGCGCUGCUCCACGAGCCAUAUGAAGUCCCUCUAGUACACGAACAAGGCUUUGCUGUGUCUGCAGGCUAUGAGGCACUUGUCGCUAUACGCAUGACACAAAUAAUAGGCCAGGCCCUGCCAUAUCGCGGCAUAGACUGCAUAGAUACCAAGGCCUCGACGUUUCGAAACCCUUUAAAAUUUUACCCCACGUACAGUUUGUCCGGGUGUAUAUACGAGUGCCAGGCAAGAUACGUUAAUGACGUAUGCGACUGUACCUUGUUUUAUCAUCCAGGAUCAUCUACUGGUUCUCCGACCCUGUGUCAACCUGCGUGCUUCUCUCGCCAAUACUAA